ACAACAAAGUGUAGAUCCAAUGGGUAAUCCACCCUCAUUCCCAGAGGUGUACACAAGUAGGAGGCAACAUCGACCAAAAGGAAAAGACCAGCUGCCCACAUACUGCAAUGAUGAGGCUAGGGAAAUUAGCGAAAAAUUAGCAUCUGAGUAUGCAACUAAGGAAGGGGAAGAAGGAUUUGACCCAACACAAAUCCAUGGUGACCUAUUAAUGAUAGCAACUGAUGGGAUGAAAAGGGGAUGGUUAAAAGGUCUUGAUAUCCACACCCAUCAACAUGAUGUAGGUGUCAGUGCCAGGCGAGAGCCUUUGAGGCCCCCAAUAAUGCGGCACUCUCCCCAAGUUGAGGAGUUACAACAAACUGUUCAAUCAUUGAAAGAUGAGUUACAGGGGACUCAAGUUGAGCUACAGGGGACUAAAGCUGAGCUGCAGGCAUCCCCAGUUGAGUUUAAGGCAUCUAGAGCUGAGUUUGCUCUUAUGCAAGCAUCAAAUAUGUCUUUAGCUGAAAAUUUACAAUUCUUGUACCAACAGCUUGGCAUGACACCUCCCUUUACCAAUGGCGCUACUACUCCCAGGACACCACAUCUGUAGGCCUCAUAAAUAAGAUGUUAAACUUACA